AAAACCAUGAGAAAACAUGUACAGAAAAGUGCCCAAAGCCAAAUCACUAGUCUGUGGCAGAAGCAAGCUCUCUUCCCCAGGCUGAUCUUGAAGUGUCCCUUUACUAAGACAUUCUUAGCUCUGUUUUCCUAAAGGAACUGGUUACUGACUCAGUUUCUAAACUGUAGAAUAGCUCUGGGAGAUGAAUGGUGUAGAAGUGUCUACAGGAGCUGAAGCUCUGGUACUUAUAACUAACUCCUGUUCCCCCAGUCCCCAAAUACAGAUCUGUAAAUAUCUUUCCCAUUCUCCCUAUUACUCCUUUGGGACAAAUAGAUGAGAACCAUAUCCAUUUCAUGAAGAAGGAAAUAGGGUUAAGGACUUAAAUGACCUGCAAAGACACUGGUCUUGAGGUCUGGUGUUCUCCCUGGGAAUCUGGGUUACAUAUUAAAUGCCUCACCAGGAUUCCACUGGGGAUGGGGGUGGGGGGUAAGGGACAGUGGUGUGGAGAUGGCUCUAUGAGCACAGAGCUUUGAGGAGGGACCUGGCAAGGACUGUCACACAGCCUUCCACAGUCCAGAUGUGAAGCAGCUGGUGACUAACAAUGGACCCCCAGAUAAAGCUGACAAACACUGGGCUGCUGCCUUCACUUGGGACUGAUUGCUAAAGGACCCUGAAGGGGAUCCUUGUUCUGAAGACACUGAUGCAGGGGUUCUGGAGGCCUGGUUGUCUUCGGCAGUUCCCAGAGUGGGCCAGUGUCCGGUCAGCAUUUGGCAGAGGUGGUUUCUUGGGAGGCGGGGAAGAGAAACAGCUUUUUCAAAGUGAGGCCUGAAGGGAGGCAGCGGGAGGGGGGAAAACUACAACUCCCAGAAGCCCCUGCUCCCCGGAGAGUCAGUUUCGGUUGCCAUGGUUUCAGAAAACAAUAUGGCCGCUCCCAGCUGGGACGCGAGUCUGGGUUAGAGACGCAGCGGCGGAUCUGGGUCGCAGCAGUGGCGAGAGAAGAGGUCUUGAGGGCUCGUGAGGUUGGCCCUGGACGCUAUACAGCUGGAACAGGCUGACCUUUCCGAGGGCGCCAAUGGCGGGCAGCGUGGAUGAGGAAGCACUGCACCAACUGUAUCUGUGGGUAGACAACAUCCCUCUGUCCCGGCCCAAGCGAAAUCUGUCCCGGGACUUCAGUGAUGGAGUCCUGGUAGCAGAGGUCAUCAAGUUUUACUUCCCCAAGAUGGUGGAGAUGCACAAUUAUGUCCCUGCCAACUCUCUCCAGCAGAAACUGAGCAACUGGGGUCACCUGAACAGGAAGGUGCUGAACAAACUGAACUUCUCUGUACCAGAAGACGUGAUGCGCAAGAUAGCACAGUGUGCCCCAGGUGUGGUGGAGCUGGUGCUCAUUCCACUGAGGCAGCGCCUAGAGGAGCGUCAGAAACGUAGGAAGCAGGGCAUCGGCUCCUUACAGGAGCUGGCUCCGCAGGAUGGCACUGACUACAUGGAUGUGGGUUUGUCCCAGAAGGCCCGAGGGGAAGGUGCCCCAGACCCCCAGGGACGGGGGCAACUCAGGGAGGGCCGACUGCCUGUGCCCCAGCCUCCAGGGUACAGCCAGGCACUGCAGAGCGACCCAAGCUUCGUCCUCCAGAUCGCUGAAAAGGAGCAGGAGCUGUUGGCCUCGCAGGAGACCGUGCAGGUCUUGCAGAUGAAGGUGAGACGCUUGGAGCACUUGCUCCAGCUCAAGAACGUGCGCAUAGAAGACCUCUCCCGGAGGCUCCAGCAGGCAGAGCGCAAGCAGCGGUGAGCCUGGGAGACGCCCCCUUAUCCGCCAGAGCCCAGACAUCGCAACUGACGCACCCACCUCGAAGGGCAGACGAAUGGGCGGGCGGAGCCAGCUGCUCCAGUGAGCCUCCUGGGACACAAGCGCCCCCUUGGGGUGUGAGUGAGCAUGGGGGGCAGUGGGACAGGAACCCUCCAAGCGGAGCCCAGGAACUGAGCCACUCCUUCCGCUCCAUCUGGGUCAGGAGAAUGGACCGCUUUCCAGAACCCAGAAGCCACAUGCAGAGACCUGGCGUGCACCCCAAAGCAGUGCUUGACACCAGGGACUCUGCCUUGGUGCUCCCGGUGCUGGGCCUUAGGGGGUGGUCCCCCAGCUUGGUCUGCACCCUUAGAACCGGGUCCCCACCCAGCUCUGGUGACAGCAGCGUCUCCAUCCAGGCUAGUUCUCUGUACCAUGGGUCAAAGGGGAGGCUGUCCGAGACAGCUGACGGGCUUCCUUGCCCCUCCUGGGCACUCACCUGGGACCCAGCUAAAGGCUGGAGAACACAGCAGCUGAAGAGGAAGGGGUGAGGUGUGAGCUCAGCCACAGACUGUGCCUUCCAAUUGUCCUCCCCUCCCACAGUGUAUGUUGAGAAUAUUUGGGGGAUGUGGAGCUGAGUUGUUCCCAUUAAAGUUAUGGUGUCCUU